UUGGGUCGAGGACAUUUUCCUGAAAAUGCUCUGAGCCUCAUAGAUGCACUUAACUGAGGAGUUUCUCCACUUCUCACGAUAUGUUCUACUACCACCUUUUGGACUUCAGGCGGGGAGCUGAUGCAGGUGUCAUGGAUGUAACCUCUGAUGAUGGCUCCGACAACACCUCAGGCGUGAACGCCAUGCUGAGGAAGGUGGCCGGGGCGGCUGCUGCCAAGCCUCACGUGGAGAUCCGCCAAGACGGAGAGCAGUUCUACAUCAAGACCUCCACUUCAGUGCGUACCACGGAGAUCAACUUCCACAUCGGUAAAGAGUUUGACGAAGAGACCGUGGAUGGCAGGAAGUGUAAGAGUUUGGCCACUUGGGAGACAGAGAACAAGAUUUACUGCAAGCAGACGCUGGUGGAUGGUGAUGGGCCCAAGACGUACUGGUCCAGGGAGCUGCAGGGGGAUGAACUCAUACUGUUUUUUCUCACAGACGUUCGGAGCAGACGAUGUGGUGUGCACAAGGAUCUAUGUGCGGGAAUGAUGAGUAGACAUCAUCGGCCAGUCACAAUGCACCAUGACGAGCUCCGACACCCCAAUGAGUCCAAAUCCUCCCCCAACGUCAAGCAACAGUCCUUCAGUGUACUGUGAUGUGGGAUCUGAGCAACAUGUCCAUUCAUCUCAAGCUUCUCUGCAUUGGCCAGUUCUGCAUGUCCACUUGCGUCCUAAUUGUGGUUCUGUGCUAAACUUCUAUCCAGUUUUAAACUUCCUCUGUCCAGGCUUUCACUAUUUUUUAGAUGUGCAUUUUAGUGGUAUUGCAUACGCAGAAAUAACAGGAAUAAAACUGAAACCCAG